ACCCCCGAACAGACGCAGAAAGAAAUCGCUCUUGUCUCAGUGUUAUUCGAACUUGUCAACAUGGGCAGCGCAACUUUACUCCUCGCAGUGAUCGCUCUCUUGGGCUGUGUACAAGGCUCAUUGGGCGCAGGUUAUGUUCAGGGUUGGGGAAAAGGUCUUGCAAUUGACUCAAAAAAUGCAGUAACUUACUCGUUUCACGCAACAGCGUCUGAAAACGAUGCGAAAGAUAUCUGGAAGAUAUCUGCUUACGCAAACACUGAGGCUGUUAACAUCGACAAUCCUCAAGCUAAGCUGAUCAAAACGGCUUCUUCCAAGGAUAUCGACUUCAAGGGUACGACGGUACUGGCUGGUUUUGGCGGUUGUCCGGACGAAAAGAACUACGCCUGUAUCUAUGUCACAAGAGGCGAAGAUGUGGUUAUAAAUCACUGUUUCCCGACUAAGGCGCCAAACUGUAUAAAUGGAGGAGGAGGAGAAGAAGAACAGAACCCGCAAAGCACGGGAAAAGCGUCAUGGGGUUUCGUUGCAACUCCAACAUUGGUCAGCGGCAGUCAAAGCAACAUUAAUGUGCAGUUCCGUUUCGAAGCUGCGUAUACACCAGGUGCUUAUUCGGGCCAGUGGAAAAUGUCCGUCUACGGAAGCGCCACUGACAGCCCUGGCAGGGAAGAUUUGGUCGCGAGGUACAACGUACUUAGCUUCGCCGACAGGGCUCAGGGUGACGAGGUGGUCUUCACACCGAGUUUUAUUUUGAGGAGAAUGAACGGCUGUUCCGGCGACAACUACGCUUGUUUAAUAGUAUACAGAGGUGGAGAGAAGCUGGCCGACGGGUGCCUGAAAUUUACGCCACCUUGUUCAGGCCCAGUUCUUUACGGAAGACCAACACAUACAAAGUAGGAGUACGACCAACGACCGAGAACGAAGGUUAAAUUUUAAGAAAGCGCCGGAAGCCUCUAUAUAAUAUACACUUUAUGUAUUUUUGGUGUUUUGGGGAUAUUAAGACUUUCAGAUUAUUGGUAAAAAAAAAAGGAGCUUGAUUAAAAUCCAUAAUAUUGGAAACCACAAUUUUACACAUUAGAAUGGAAGAACAGGAACGUCUCUCUUGUCAAAACAUCCGACGGGUGGCUGAAUAAAGCUGUAUCAUCUUGAACCAUUUAUAAAGAUAUCACGAAGCAAUUGGAACAGGGUAUCGUAGCAGUUCAACAUAAAGGAAGUAGUUUGCAGCAACACGUAUUCAAACUGGUUAAAAAGACUUAAAGGUUUAACUAUGGGACAAUAUAGUUUCCUCUUGUUAAUGGGAGACUUUUGGAACGCUUGGUGGCAGUAGACUUACCAGGUAA